AUGGGCAUACGAGGCGUCGCUAUCAGAGAGAUUCCCGCGCUCGACGAAAAUUGGAUGUACGGAUUGCCCCUUCCAGUUCAUGGUCUCAUAUUCCUUUUCCAAUACACCGAUGCAGACCAUUCCAUUGAUGAUGCUGGCAAGCACGCGGAAAACGUCUGGUUUGCCAAUCAGGUGCCCGAAUUCGCGUGCGCCUCCGUCGCACUACUCAAUCUUGUCAACAACAUCCCUCACCUUGAUCUGGGCAGAGAGCUCCGGGACUUCAAAGAAUUUACCAGGGACAUGGAUCCACUCAUGAGAGGCGACACUAUCGACAGUUUCGAUUUUGUUAAGCGCAUUCAUAACUCCUUCGCCCGAAUGACAGACAUGCUCAGCGCAGACAUGGUUACUAAGGAUAAGGUUCAGCGAGCCAAGAAAGAUGCAUCACAGAAGAAAGCUCGCGAGACGAAGGAGGCCAACAAGGCUGAGAUGGUAGAGAAGGGCCGGUUGCAAGAAGUUUCGACCGAUGUAACUAAACUUGCUACCAACAGCACCGGAAGACUUCGCAGGCCCACAGCGAGACAAGCAGAUAUGCAUGCCAAGACCUCCACGCCGGAUGGCAAACGCGUGACGAAUGUUGAAUCUAGUCCGAGCGACAUAUCAGAAGACUCAGAUCCUGGCUUCAAAUCACGGUCGAAGGCCAACACUCAAGUCUUGAUGCCCGUAGAGCCGCCACGACGGUCAACUCGGGCUCCCCAGCCACGGAAGGUUGUCACCGCUGCCGACUACGAGGAACCGGAUGCUGGGUUUCAUUACGUGGCUUAUGUGCCCGUUGGGGAUCAUGUCUGGAAACUGGAUGGCAUGAACAGGUAUCCACAAGAUCUAGGCUCCUUCAAAGUAGGAGGUAAUGGAGCCGAUGGUGGCACCGGCGACUGGCUUGACGUUGUGACACCGAUGAUAAAAAGUCGAAUGAACAGUAAUCCAUCGGCCUGGUACAACCUUAUGGCCGUCGUUCGUGAUCCUUUCUUCGACGAACAAAGAAAGCUUCUUGAGAAUGUCAAAAAGCUCCAGGCUGUUGACCUCAAAUUGCAAAGCCUGGACGAUGACUGGAGGUCCAUGGAAGGUGGAGAGACAAGGAAGGACGUCAUUUCAGGCAUCUCGAUUGAGUUUGGCAUCAGCGAAAAAGACAUCGACGAUGCAGAACUACCUCCGUCUGCCGAGGACUUCAUUGCCAGUGAAGAUGAUCUUAUCACGCUCAUCGAUUACCGACAAAGUAUUCUCAAGGAGCAGACGAUGCUCAGAUCCGGCUUACGUGAUGCUCUACAAGCUCCUGAUGAAGGGGAAGACGAUGCGAGAUUGCGGAAGCAUGACUAUGGCCCUUUUAUCAGGGGCUGGCUCAGUGCUUUAGCAGAACGUGGUGUGCUACACGAUCUGCUGGAUUGA